GGCCACACCGGACUGAGGAGCCAGGGGAGCGAUCAGGAGAUGGUCGCAUCAGGCCUGGAUUAAAAGGAGAGCGUGGAGAUCCUGGUCCCCGAGGCCCACCUGGCCCACCCGGGCACCCAGGCCCCACCCCUUUACCUGGGCAAGCACAGCCUGGCCCAAGAGGAACAAAAGGACCACCAGGAGCCCCUGGAUCCCAAGGACUGCCAGGGAAAGAUGGACAGCAGGGAAGCAAGGGUGAAAAAGGAGACCCAGGUGAGAGGGGAGCUCAGGGAUUUCCAGGUUUGAAGGGAGAAACUGGAAUCAAAGGAGAGAAGGGAGACUCUGGAGUUGGUAUACCAGGCCCUCCUGGCCUCCCUGGGCCUCCUGGACCCCCCAGAUCACGAAGUGUACCCUAUGGAGCAGAUGCACUGGGUUCUGGCUUUGAGGACCUGGACAGUGACACUGAACUCAUCAGGGGUCAGCCUGGUCCACCGGGGCCUCCUGGACCUCCCGGCCCCCCUGGGCCCUCUGGCCGCCUGUCAUCGUCUGACACAGCUGAAGGCCUGUCUUCAGGGCAUGCUGGAUCACCUGGUACCCCUGGCAGAGACGGGAUCCCAGGCAAUCCUGGAAUACCG